UAUCUCAGUCAGUGAUGGGAUUCAACAUCGAGUCAAGUCCUUGGAAAACCUUCAGUCUAAACCAAGAAAACCAGUCCUUCGGCUACAAAGUGAUACAGAAAGAUGAAUCAAGUUUGAUUGUGAGUGAUCCCUUACUACAACAUCAGAAUAAAAGAGGUCAAGUUUAUAGCUGUGGGAUAAACUCAGACUGCUCACCAUUACAGAUUAAUGAGCCUCCUGAGGCUGUUAACAUGUCCCUUGGUCUUUCAAUGACUAAAGAUCCACGGUCUUCAAAGAUAAUGGUCUGUGGUCCAACCAUCCCCAAAGACUGCAAAUCAACCACCACCUACAACGGCAUGUGUUUUAUGAUAGAAGGUAGAAAUGUUGAUACUGUACCGAGGGAAUUGAGAGAUUGCCCGCCUCCCGCACAAACAGAUAUUGCUUUUCUGUUGGACGGCUCUGGGAGUGUAAAUGACUAUGACUUUAAUAAAAUGAAGCACUUUGUUACAACACUGAUCCAAGGGUUAAUUAGCCGGGAUAUUCGGUUUGCUGUUGCACAGUAUUCUGGUUACUGUACAAUCCAUGUAGACUUCACUUCCCAUUUAAACACCUAUGAAAUAAUGAGUAUUCAACAGUUAAGAGGAGGUACCUACACUGGAAGAGCGAUCAACAAGCUUGUGAAUGAACUGUUUGCCAAAACAGCCAGACCAAACGCUAACCGAGUUUUGAUUGUUAUAACUGAUGGUGAAUCUAGUCGUCGUGAUGAUAAUCUGUCGGAUGCUGCUGAAAAUGCAAAACAGAAUAACAUCAUUCGUUAUGCUAUAGGGGUGGGUGGGGCCUUUAAUAAACAAUCUGCAGAGAAUGAGCUGAACAUCAUUGCGUCUGAUCCAGACAGUGACUAUAAAUUUAAAGUGGAUAACUUUGAUGUGCUGGAUAAAAUCCGUAAAACCCUGGAGACGAAUAUAAUUGCAAUUGAAGGUACCCAGACUUCAGGAGAUUCCACCAGAAUGGAGUUUGCGCAGGAUGGGUUCAGUGCAGCGUUUAUUCCAAAUGGAAAUGUAAUAUUAAGUGCAGUUGGGGCUUUCCAGUGGAAAGGAGGAUUCCAGGAGUAUUCAGCUCGAGGGGCUUAUGAAUUUCAGAAGGGCAAUGAACAUGACAGUUAUGUAGGUUAUUCCAUGACAGUAGCAACAACAUGGAGCUUCACAUAUGUUGUUCUGGGAGCUCCGAGGCAUGAGCAUAAGGGAGCAGUGUUCAUUUCAUCAGUGCAGACAAAGACAGUAAAUCAGCUGAAUUCAUCUGAGCCUCAGAUUGGAGCCUAUUUCGGAGCUGAAGUGUGUGCGGUGGACCUGAACUCUGACUCCUACGCUGACCUUCUGCUGGUUUCUGCUCCACUGCACACACAGGACGGUCAGGAAGGAAAAGUCUUUGUAUUCUCCAUGUCAGACAGGCCAGAAUUUAAAAAAAUUACCCUGAAUGGAAUGGCAGGACAGAAGGGCAGGUUUGGCUCCUCAGUGGCCAGUCCAGCAGAUCUAAAUGGGGAUAAGAUUCGAGAUGUAGUGGUAGGAGCUCCAUUGGAGGAUAAUGGACAGGGCAGCAUCUACAUCUUUAAUGGAAGAACAGAGGACAUCACACCUACCUACUCACAGAGAAUCAGUGGUUCCUCAGUACAGACGGGUCUGCGGUUCUUCGGCCUGUCUCUGAGUGAGUCUGCUCUGGACCACAGUGGAGACCGUUUGACGGACAUCGCUGUUGGAUCCAAAGGAAGAGUCAUUCUCCUCAGGUCCAGACCCAUUGUGUCCUUGGUGACCAAAGUAACCUAUAGUCCAUCAAAAAUCCCCACCAGACCCACUGACUGUGCAAAUCCUCUCAUAAACACUCUACGCUUGUGCUUCACUAUGAGCGGACUCAACACUCAGAUAAGAGACUUGGCUGCAAAUAUUAACUACACUUUAAAACUUGAUGCGAAGCGACAGAACUCUCGGGCGUACUUUUCACCUAAAAACCGCCUUCUAACUGCUAAGAUGACUGUUCACCUACAGGAGGUGUGCAACAACCACAAGUUCAAUAUAGAAGCCUGCGCAGAGGACGCUCUAAACCCGCUGUCCAACGAGUUAACAUUUACUUUUGAGGGCCUCCCUCUUAGAAGACAGGACAACUUAACGCCUGUACUUCACCCUGACAUAAGACACACCUCAGACCACAAACUGGAUUUUGAAAUAGACUGUGGACCCGACAACAUCUGCAUCGACAACCUCAAAGUGGAUUUCAACUUCUCUGGACACUCAGACAUAAAAGUUGGAAUAAUGCAGGAUAUGAAUGUGACAGUCUUUGUGGAGAACAGAGGAGAAAACUCCUACAACAGUCACGUCAAGCUCACGUACCCCUUUGGACUUUCCUUCAGGAGAGUCACCAGCAGACAGGGCAGAGUGGAGUGCGUAUCUGUGGACAGUGAUCAGAAAGGUACACUUGGGACGACCACCUGCUACAUCAGUAAACCCAUCCUCAGGGAGAAUUCUUUGGCUGUGUUUGAGAUCACAUACAGCAUAAACAAAGAAAGUAACUUUGACAGGAUGGUGAGUUUCACUGCGACUGCUGACAGUUCCAAUGAUAAACAUGCAGCUGACAGCAAACUGUCCAAAAAUGACACCAUUGGUGUGAAGUACGCCAUCUACGUCGCUCUAAUAAGGCACGAGAAUUCCAGCAUCCACAUUAACUUCACUGCAGGGAAGAACAACCUCGAGAAACCUGUCAAUCAAAUAUUCAAGGUGGAGAAUGACCUGAGGGAUGUAAACCUCACGAUUCUCAUCAGAGUACCAAUAAAACUCGGAGAGAAGGACAUCUGGGCCACUAAGAACUUUCAGAUUCCAGACUGUAGCAUAGACAGAGACGAGAAACCCACAAUCCCUGAUUUUGUGGAGGCACUAAAGAAACAUCAGUCGGUGAACUGCUCUGUGGCUGUGUGCAGACUGUUCAGGUGUAGUGCAAAUCUCAUGAAACGUGACCUGAAAUUCUACAAUAUCUCUGCUAAUGUCAGCUCUGGCUGGAUUGAACAGACUGGACUCCGAUCAGCAGUUUUUGAGCUGGUCAGUACAGCAACUCUGGAAUACGACAGAAAUAAAUACAUCUACUAUUCUUCAGACUCUUUGCACACGGCACCCGUUAGAGAGAUUAAUACCCAGGUGGAGGUGUAUGAGGAGAAGAACAUGCUUAAGGAGAUUAUUGGAGGAGUGAUAGGAGGGCUGCUGCUUUUGGCUCUCAUCACUGCUGGCCUCUACAAGGCCGGCUUCUUUAAGAGCCAGUAUAAGCAGAUGUUGGAGGACGCAGGAGCUGGGCCUGAGGGGGCCGGAGAGGGGGCGCAGGCGCCUGGAGGAGAAUAAACCCUGCGGAGUGACCGCUGUGAUUCUGAUACACAGUUACUCACCUAUAUUUGCCAGUUUAAAUCUAACUUUACUGUGUACCAUAAACUUCAUACUGAUCUUUAUUCCGUGUGUCUGUAAAUAUCCAGUCUUAAACUGGUUUUCUGUAGAAAAUAUGUUCAACCCCUUAAAAUCCCAGCAUUAUUUCAUACCAAGGGCUAUUAUUCAGUAACUACAUGGACUGCAAUGCAUUUAAGGGGUUAAUGUACACCAUUAAACGUUUGUGGAGGCCUAGUUUUCAAAAUGUUUGCAAUAAAUAACAGUAUUUUCUGGUUUUCAGUGUCUUAAAGGGCUCAUAUCUUACAUUUGUCUUGUUUUUUGAGGUCCACAGUCUUAGCUAAUUUUUUCAUGACCAUUUUCCAGCCUAAACAGGCUGUUUUUUGUUACGGUGCCUACUAAUAUAUGUAAAUGACCACUGUUCUGAUUAGCUACCUCAUUCAAAAAGCAGUCCAGACUGAAACAUUCCCUAUAACAGUGUGAAUGGGUGGAGUGAAACUGCUGUAAGCUGAAUAGGUGGAAUUAAUUUAACGUUGGUUUUUGGAACAUCACACAAACAAUUCAUUCAAAAUGCUUUUGCAGCUCAUGUUCCACAUCUGGACUGUAUGAAUGGUACAUUUUUGAAACUUUAACAAUGUUUACAUACAACAUCAAACUCUUCUGUUUAAAAAAGUGAGUACAUGUUGAUUUUCCAUGAUAUGGGCCCUUUAACAUUUUAAUGUAUUAAAAUCCAACCAGGUUUAUUUACAGAGAAACUGUAUUGUGAUUGUAAAUAUUAGUGACAGUGAUAGUUUAGGAAUAAUUUGAUGCCGUUGUUGUGAUGUCAGCACUCAUCUGUACUCAGACUUUCCAGGUGUUUAAACCACCUUUAGACCAAGAGUUUCAACACGUGCCUUUAAAUGUGAAGUACUGUAGAGUUUGAUGAGCAGAGUCUAUAUUAAGGCUACAGACUGUGGUGAUGUUUAGGGCUUUAACACCAACAUACUUCAAUUAUUAGUGCAACGUAUCUGAGCACUUUCUGAGAACAACAGCUGAUGUUGCACUACACCCUGCAAACCCCACAUUACUGUUAUUAAUUUUUCAAAUUCCAGUCAAAAUGGCUAUAAAGUACAAGUUAUUCAUUUUUCAGCAGUGAGUCACUCCUUCUCUUUAUUUCAGCUUCCUCUCUUUUCAGGAGACUCACUUUCAUUUCCUCAAAGAAUCUGCAGACACACCUCCAAAGUUCAGUCUUAGAAGCUGGUUGAUCAUUUUCUGAAGUAAUCAAACCCAUUCAGUGGUGUUGAGGUCUGGACUCUGGGGUGGUCAGUCCAUUGUUCAGCUUCUUUGUUUGAUGUGUCCGUCUCCUUUUCUCAGUGAGGUUCUUCUUGAUCAGCUACACAUCCUUUUAGACCCACAGCGCUGAGUCGUCUUCUCACAGUGGAAGGAUGGAGAGAAACACCUGUGGAUGUUUUCAGAUCUGAAGCAGCUUGAUUUUCUCCUCUCUCUCAGAGAUGAAAGCUUUAAGUGCUGUUUAUAUGAUGGAGGCAGUUUUGGGGUCUACCAGCUCUUCCAGGUGGUUGUUAGGAGCCACAUUCUGUAGCUUUCAAUCAGUUUUUGAACUCUCCUUUCUCAUGCAAGUUGAUUAUCUUGUAUCUAUUUUUUACAGUACAAAAACUGGUACUUAAUGGUCGUUUUGACUGGAAAUUCAAUAAGGGACUUUUGCACAGAACUGUAUGUUUUGAUUGCUUACAAAUUCUUAAGGUAGCUGUGGACAUGAGAUUGUGUGCAUCAUACAGGCCUGUUAAAUAUAGAAUAAAAUAGAAUAACUUUACUGUCAUUAUACAAAAUAUACAAUGAAACUAAGCGUGCUACUCCUAAAUAAAAAUAUGUAUUUGUUUUUGCUGUUUGUGAGAGACCAGUUAAUGUAUACGUUAAUAAAAACCUUCCUACAAGAGGAACCAUUAAA